AUGUCGACGGCGGCGGCGGCGGCGCACUCCUUCAACAAGUUGCUGAACCAACCAAAGACAGCGUCGCGGUCAAGAGGAUCAGCAGAUCCGGAGGACAGCCUCAAGAAGCUACGCCGUCUUAUCCUUGUUGACGGAAUACCGUCUUCAAUCGAUCCCACUCUCCGGCCCAGAAUAUGGAAAAUCCUUCUGCGAGUAACCGACGUAUCUGCGGACCUUUUCUUGAAGUACGUCUCGAGGGGGCCAUGCGAAGUGAGGGAGAAGAUACGCAAUGAUACUUUCAGGACACUUGCUACAGACAGGGGGUUCAAAGAACGCGUCCGGGAAGACAUGCUGGUCCGCCUCUUAGACGCGUUUGUUUGGCGGAACCACGACAGACAGGAAUCUGACCAGCUUGGCUUCACGUAUGUUCAAGGAAUGAACGUUCUAGCGGCGCCGUUUCUGUACACCAUGCCAUCGGAGCUAGAGGCGUUCUACUGUUUCUCCAAAUUUAUCGAAGAAAGCUGUCCGCUCUACGUGCAGCCGACUCUCGAAGGCGUCCACAGAGGUCUCAAGUUGCUAGAUCGAUGCCUCAAAAUUGUAGACCCAGAGCUGUACGCGCACCUCCGAUCCAAGAAUCUGUCGGCAGAGAUCUACGCAUUUCCAUCCGUCCUCACGCUCUGCGCGUGCACACCUCCGCUAGACCAGGUGCUCCAGCUGUGGGACUUUCUCCUCGCGUUCGGUGUGCACCUUAACGUGCUAUGUGUGAUCGCACAGCUGCUGCUGAUACGGGAGGACGUGAUGAGCUCGCCGAGCCCGAUGCGACUCCUGCGAACGUUCCCGCCGCUCGAAGCACUUCCGGUCGUCGGCAUCGCGGUGACGCUCGUGCGCGAUCUCCCCACGGAGCUAUACGAAGAGCUAGUACGACACCCCUAUGAAGUGCGGCAUUCAUAA